GCCUUUCACGUCAAUUUAAAGGCUCAUCAUCAUGUCAGAUGUGCCGGAGUCAAAUUUAUAUAAUCUUUACAAAAACGAAAACUUAGUGACGAUUGCUUCUCCAAUCGAAAGCAAUUUGGCAUUGCAAUUCGAGGACUAUUUCUUCUCGUGCACAAGUUUAUGCGUGGUGCACGACGGGUACAUCAACUACAUCCCGAUUAGGAACAAGAGCAGGAAAUGCAAGUAUGUUCCAGUAUCAAAAGAUGGCAAAGGGAUAGGAAAAAUUCGUCAAAUAAAAUGGUUAAAGUUUGAUCCAGAUUUGUAUUUCGUUGUUCUGUCCAAUUUGGGUUUACACGUCUACGAUGAAGAUUUGACGCAUAUAAAGUUUUACUAUGGAUUUGAGGACAAAUGUUGCCCUGUUGGAUGCUGCGUCAUAAAUGACAUCCUUUACGUUGGUGUGGACAACGACAAAGUUUACAGCUUCCAGCACAAACGUGGCAAUUUUGAAAUCUUCAAUGAAACCAAGUGUGUUUUUGCUACUUUCAACGGAAUGAAGGAUUAUAUCGUUACUGAUUAUUUUGAUGCCAUUACUUUGUGGACCACAAAUCAAUUCGGCGCGAUGAACAUUGUUGAGAUGUGUAAAGAAGGUUCCUUGUACGGCACCACUGUGUUAAAAAUCUAUCCUGGAUACGUAAUGGUGGGCUACAGGUCAGGCCUGUUAAUCAUACUAGAAGUUCCAAAUUUGUUAUCGUUAACAAAGAGCAUGAUCCACAAUGAUGAAAUAACAGACUUCGACUACAACGACAAUAGAAAAUUGCUAGUGACCGCAUCCAAAGACAAGACCCUCAAAGUUUACAAGAUAGACGACAAGAGAUCCAAAAACGGCGACUUCACGCUAUCAUGCUUGUGGACAAUGGAGAAUCCGGAAGAUCUUCCGUAUUGCGGCGUCGGCUACCUAGACGACGACGCGACAGAAUUUUGUGCCGUCGUGGCCGAUGAAACCAUCGUGCAGAUUUUCAGGCAGGAACUGGACAUACGCAAGUCCGUGCUGAAAAAUUGUUAUGUCGGUGAAGAUUUUGUUAGUGCACGUCCCAAUGAAAAGUUGUGUUAAAUUGAGUUGUUAAUCAGGAGAGACAAUAAUUGUAAUUAAAAAGUUUGUAAACGCAUAAAUAAAUGUUAACCUUUACACAUC